AUGAGUCAGAGUGUGGACGUCAACUUGAACUUAGAGCAAUUACAACAAUGCAUGCAAAUCUACUAUUCCAUGCUCUGCCAACAAGCUCAACAAAGCCAAGGGUUGGGUCACUCGGGCCUACAGGUAAAGCCAGAAGUCCAACCAACACCAAGUUCGACAAAUUCGCCCAGUUGUAAGUUGUUAUUUUGAUUUUUCUUCGAUUUUUAGGUAUCUGCAGUGUUUUCAAACGUAAAAUAGGUGAACCCAGUGGGUUUUUUUAAUUGAUUUGACGUUUAAUAAUGCAACUUGUGUUUUUUCAUUGCCUUAAACCUAGGCCGUGAAAAGGAUUUUCUAAAUUACAUAGGUUUGAGAAUGGAUAAUACGAUUUUAGCUCUAAUUUUACCUACAACUCGGUUUGUUUCUUGACGAACAGUUAGACGCGCAUUUUUCAGCCAGAAUACGGUAAGAUUGUCGAUCAUUCGUUUGUUUUGGAACCAUUAUUGUAAUAUCAAAUGUUUACCAUGAAAACUCGUAUUUUUUUGAAAAUUUUACAUUUGUUUUGAGAAUUUACUGGAAUAGACCAUAAUUUCACUAAUCAUUACACUUUCAGCUGACUUUCCCCUCUCCUCCAACUUCUCCAUUGCCUCAUUGAUGAGCUCAACUCCAAAUUCCUCCAUCAGCAACGAUUCAGGAAUUUCCAGUCCAAGUCCGGCUAGUGUAGGCUUUGCCACGCCUAGUCAAGCCAAAAUACUAUCGUCCACACCUGCUCGUCGUCCAAUUCGAACUCAAGAUGGAGAAGAGAUCAGGCGAGAUGCAGAUGGAAAAUAUGUAUGUCCCAUUUGUCAAAAGGCCUUUAGCAGAAAGUUUUAUCUUCAAACAGCUCACAUGAACAUCCACAGUAAGUUUUUUAAUUUGUAUUUUCUGUUUUAGAUCAAAGUUGGAAGAUUUUUAGCCACGGCGGCAUAGGAAUUUUUUAUAGUCGUAAAAUCUCAAAUAAAACGGUUGGUUUUAGAUAACAUCUCGCCGUACCAAUGUCGGAAAUGUCAUAGAGCCUUCAAGGACUCGUCGAAUCGCCGAAACCACGAAAAAAUAUGCCAAAUCGCGCCUCUUCCAGAGUAA